UAGCGGUCCUGCCGACCGAAGGAAGCAUUUCCCUCCCUGUAUCGAAUAAAUCUAAAGAUCAAUGAUCACCAUUGAUCUAAGAAAGACCAUUUAUUUCCUCAUGGUGCUCCACGCAAUUAGUGGAUUACAUCACAUGUGGAUUUCACGGUCAUGUUUAUAGACCAACGCCGGUUAACCAAGAAACAAGCGAUGCAAGCAGAGAGAAUGCUUACUGCUUGUUGCUGGUUGACCUGGUGAUAUAACGUUCUCGCUCCAAUGCCGGAGAAAUGUUUUUUUCUUUUAAUUUUUGUUUGUCGCCCGGCAGCGCUGACUGAACCCCAACAAGGUCUCAGUCACGCGGCCGAACUAAUGAAGCCAGAGUGGACGACGCCCGUUUUGGCUUUUCUCUUUUCUCUUAUUUCUUUUCAGAUCGGGAGAAUGAGUUCUUGCGACGGCAAGUUAAAAGACCCGCGAUUGACGCCGGGGCGGGGUUGUAUUGUUGUGUGGAUCGUCGGCUGCCCGGUUCGUCUGUUCGCGGUGACGGUUGUUGUGGGUUCGUUGGAGAAGUCCGGGUGUCCGUUUGUCGUCGGUGUCGUCGACGUUAGUGUGCCGUGUGGUUGCGAGAAAGUGUUAGAAAGUAAGUCCCAUUAUUUAGAAAAAUAAACAAUAAGUAGUAAUAAUCGUAGAGUUAGUUUUUCCGAAAAAGGAAGAAUAGAAAGAAAGCCAAUCCAGUGCCGCGACUUUCGACACGUCUACAUUCUGGUGACAGCGCAAAAGCGCUAAACAAGUGCAGGCACGCCGUUUGUGAUUGGAAAGUGAAAAAGAAUAAAAUCCUAUUGAAGUAUCUAAGACCCAGCUGGUUACUACAGAAGAAAUCGUGUAAGUGUUGCGCAGAAAACUAUUAGGCGAAACAGUGUGAAUCAUUCAGUUGAGUAGAACUCUUGAACCGUGCACAGUUUGAGUGUGAUGCUGAUCUCGGAUUCCUUUUAACGAAAAUUGUCGUGUUACUCAUCGAGUCAAAACUGAGAAGAAGUUGGACCCACUGGAUACUACUGAGUCGCACAUUUGCAAACCGCUUGCAAAUCGAUCACUGCCAGAUCAUUUCCUACAAGAGGAACUACGUAUCUUCAUCGGACCCAGCAAUAUGAUGCCGAAUAAUGGGUAAGUCGAAUCAAUAUUUUUUUUAAUUGAGUGAUUUUAAGUGCAGUGCGUAUGUGUAUAUGAUUUUGGUUCUCUUAGCACAAAAUGAAAGUUACAACAUUCUAAUAGAAUGCUAUUAUUGUAUCCUUUUUAUUUGAGUUUGAGAAAGGCAAGUAACAAAAAAUUGCACGUAAAUAAAUCCUUUUUUUUAUAAUUAUAUUUGUUGGCUUUUUCACAUGAACUCUUGAUCAAAUUGAAGAUUAUGAACUAUGAAUAUUGCAAUCUUUGGAAUGCUUGAACAUUUUAUGGCAGUUUCGUUUCUCAAGAUCAUGUUAGUAAAGCAUGUAGAAAAGAUAUUGCAAAAUUAAUAAGAAAAAUUUAAUCUGAUUUAAUCAUGUCGUUAUAGAGGAACGAAUCUAUCAAAAAUCUAUCAACAAUUUAUUUCCCGGUUGGUUUCUCCUACUAUUUUAACGGAUUUGGAAUGAACAUGGGUGUGAUUAGAAACAAACAUAGGUUGCUGGAGAUGAGAGCAAAGAUCGUGUUACUGCGACAAACACGGCCAAACCCUAUCGGUAAAACUUUAUUUUUCGCGCUUUUCGAUUAUUGCUUUUAUGGAUGGCCAUGUGAUGAUAUUAGGAGUGUUGAUGGCACGGCUUGAUUUAUGGAUGAUAUUAAUUGAUAUCUAUUGAUAUUAAUUGAAUAAUUUGCUGAAGGAAAAAUUAAACAUGAAGAAACACGACGGGAAAAUAGUUUUGUUUUAUUCUAUAGUUCUCUCGUAAUUGAUUAUGGAUUUUGCACUUGCGUGGAGUAAGUAACUGUCACAAAAUUAAUGACCACAGAUAACUCAUUUAUAGAAGUAGCACUCUCAAUAGCUUCCUCAAAAAAAAAAUGGCGUUUCCUAGGUAUUCCCAACGGGAUAGAUUCUUCCGGGAGUCGCGAGACAGGCUCGAGAGAGAGUAUGAGGAAGAGAGAGAGUAUGAGCCACGAGGCAACAAUAACAACAACAAUUACAACCGCAACAACAACAAUUACAACCAGAACAACAACAAUUACAACCGCAACAACAACAAUUACAACCGCAACAACAACAAUUACAACCACAACAACAACAAUUACAACCAGAACAACAACAAUUACAACCACAACAAUGGUUAUAAUCAACAUAACAACAAUAGCGAUGCUGUUAAAAGUAAUAAGGCAGCAAUGGAAGCAGAGAAAUAUAAGGAAUUAUGGGAGGAAUCAGAAGAAUCAAAAGCUCGAUUAGAAAAACUGUUUCAACGUGACAUAAAAGAACUUUAUGAAGAUAGGCGGGAUGCUGCUAACGAUAUGGCUGCAAAAGAAAAGAAAUUUGUUAACAAGUUGAAAGCUUUGGAAGCUAAGCUGAGCAAUGAGAAAAUAUUGAAUGAAACAUUAAGCCAGGAAGUCACUAUGCUGAAGAUGCGAGAGGAAGUGCAUGCUUUAUUGGUUGCUGAGAACAAAACGGCAAUUAAUUCCGAAUUGGAAAGUAAAGAAAGUGAAGUACGCGAAAUGAAGGUGCAACUCGAAAGCAAUAAGAAGAAUAUGGAAGAAGCGUUGAUAAACAGAGAUAUCUUAAGGAAUGAAGUAAACGAUCUGCAGGACAAACUGGCGGCCACUGAGGAAAAAGUGAAGCAUCUUGACAGUACGAUAACCUUGACGGUAACUACUUGCAAUAAACAAAAGAACGAAUUGAAGUCAAAGUUUGUGGAAUUCGAGCAAAAGACUUUGGAUUUGGAAAAGGAGAACCAUAAUAUGAAAACAGUUAUUAUUAGUUUAGAGCAAGAGAAAAGUGACAUUUCUUCAAAGUUUGUGGGAUUCGAACGAAAGAUUUUGGAUCUGGAAAUGAAGAACCUUCGUAUGAAGACGGUUAUUAUCAAUUUAGAGCAAGAGAAUAAUGACCAAACUUCAAAGUUAAUGGAUUUCGAGCGAAAUAUUGUGGAUCUGGAAAAAGAAAACCAUCGUAUAAAAACGGUUAUCAUCGAGCUAGAGCAACAGAAGAGCGACCUCAGUAAAAACUUGGCAGAAUCUACUGAUAAAUAUGAAAAGCUACUAAACGAAAAGGAUACGUUAUCAACUAAAGUUCAAGAACUAGAAACAAAGAACACAAAGCUAAUCGAACAGGAAGACGAGAUUAUUAGACUGAAGAAAACGAUUUCUCUCGAUAAUGAGCGCCUAAUUGAGGUCACAAAGGCUCUAGAUGCUGCUAAGGAAGCACACGAAAAAGCUCGGGCGAGCAAUGAAGCCAGUCUGAAACAAGUUUUUCACCAGAAUAAUCAUCUCACUUCCGAGUUGAAGCAGUUCAAGGAAAAGCUAGAGAAAAUCAACUCAAAGAUCAAGAAAAUAACGGAAGAGAAAGGAAGCCUCAAGUCGCGAAACGAACAGUUGCAAUCGGACAUCAAGAACUGCAAGCAGGAAAUGAACAGCCUGCUACAACAAAAAGUAUCCCUCGCGGAAGAAAUUCGGAAAAUGAAAAUUAUCAACGAAAACUCCGAAUCCGAUGCUUUGGAGACUUUGCAGGAGUCUAUGAGGACUAGUUUAGCUCAAACCGAAGAGCGCCUCCGGGAAACUACCUGCGAUUUGAAUCAAGUGAUAGAGAUAAAAUCGGAAGAAAGCAGAAAGCUAAGUGAAGAACGCGAUGAAGUGGUGGAGAAGCUGGAUGCCGUUCAAAAGGAAAAUGAAGAUUUGACUACAGAAACAACGACUCCCAAAGGCAAAGUAGAAACGCUGCGAAACGAAAAGAAGGACUUGGAAAAGACCCUCGAACGAGAAAUUCGAGAAAAGACAGAACUGAAAGCGCAAGUUACCAACAUUCUGCAAGAGAUCGGUCGAUUGGAGGAGCAGCUAAAAGAUGUUAAGAACCCCCAUUCGGCUAUUCUGAACAAGAAACAAACAUUGAAAAAAAAGAUUGAACGAUUACAGCGUCAGCACUCGGAAGCCAAAAGCAAAGCAGACAAGGAAAACACCCAUAAAUGGCAGACAAAGAUCAAGGAAAGCGAAACCAAGUUGCAGCAAGUCGAAUGUGAGAACUCUCAGGAAAAGGAGAAGCUAUGUGUGCUAGAUAACAACAAUUGUUUAACCAAAGAGGAAGCAACUACUACGAGUCUCGCAAAACGGAAAUACUUUGAACCACUGGGCAAUCUUUUAAACGAGAUAGAUUUACUACGAGAUUGUGUCUUUUCGGAAAACUUUGAGUGCCUAACGGAACUCCUGUGGGAUGACCACGGUUGAUUUGAACCAAAAACAACAUUUAUCAACAAUAAAUAUUUUUUUUCUCGUUUACAACAAUUGUAAAUACCCAUACUGACAAAGGAGAGCCAAUCAUUCCUCAUGUUAAAAUAUUGUCGAUGAUAUUGACUAAUUUACACUCAUAAUCAAAUCAUUAAGGAUUAUGAAAAAUAUAUAUAUAGGAAUAGAUUAUACAACUUAGUUGAUCAAAUUUAAAUAAAAAUAAAGAGUGACUACAUGAUACCAAACACAUUACCAAUUACAGCAAGAGCGAUUGAUAUGAAUAAUAUCAGUGUAAAUAUAAACGAAGAUCAAGUUCAUCUGUCACCGCUCAGGAAAAAGUGGUAAAUUAAAUUAAUGAAAAUUGAGAGGAAUUUCAUACCCUCAAUAAAUACAAAAUGAAAAUUAAAAGUGAAAUGGAGAGGAAUUUCAUACCCUCUAUAAUUAUAAAAUGAAAAUUUAAUUGAAAUGAGAGGAAUUUCAUAACCUCUAUAAAAAUAAGUGAACAUUUUUCAGAAAAAGGAGGAAAUUCAUACCCUCGAUAACAAUAAAAUGAAAAAUUAAAGCAAAAUAGAGAGGAAUUUCAUACCCUCUAUAAAAAAUUAAAUGAAAAUUAAGGUAACUGAUAAACUAUGAGCCUACAGCUAAUUUAUAACAAUGAAUGCGUCCGUCAAACUCAGUUUUUGAAUGUACCGAAGGGCUGGAAAACCAGAGUAACUAUUCUGUAAGGGCCAUAGAUAUCAAAGAACAAAGAGAAAUAAAUGAUUAAGGAGAAGAAAACACACCCUCCAGGAAUACAGAAAAUACAAGGAAAUAAUUGAAGAAAAAUAAUAAAGAAGAGGAAUACACACCCUUCAAUAACAUAAUAAACGGAAAAUAUGAACGAAAGGAGAGAAGAUUUAGGAGAGGAACACGUACCCUCCAAUGAUUUAAUAGUACAGAAACUAAAACGAGAGCAAAAUUAAGCGUUUAAAAAAAACGAAUAUGAAAACUUAAGAGAAUCAAGAGAGGAUUUACAAAAGCCAUCUGAAAAUUUAAAUGAAAUUAUGAGAAAAUAUAAAACACAGAAAGGAGACAAAGCAAAUGUAUACAAAUUUUGACGAAAGAGGAAAUCCAAAACCUCUAUGAAAUAAUGAAAUAUUAAGAGAAAUUAGAGGAACCCAUAUCCUCUGUAAAAAUAAUAUGGAAUGAUAUUUACAACGUGGUUUUAUACACAAGCUAAUCAAGAGAAAUGGAGUAUACUUACAGGCCCAACCUACAACCUCAAAAGGGAAAGGGGUGGAGCAAUGCCGGCAGCCAAGGACUUGCCACAACAAACGGAAAAGGACGAAAAAGUAAGGUACCUAGAGACUCGGUGAGUUCAUUUUAUUUUUAAGCUUUUGCGGAUAUGCAAGAAAGAUAAAUAGAUUAUUGCCUUGCAUCCCUGCAACAUUAUGAUGUAGUAUGUAAGUUUGUUGUUUUUUGUUUUUUCUCCGGCAGCGUCUCGAAAAAAAAAAUUUUUUUUAUUCAUAUAGUGAAAUCCAGAUUUGAUGGAAUAUAAAAUGCAAAUUGUUUUUGGUUGACAGAAAUGAUCUUCUGAAGAUGUUUCAAUUGUGAUCAAUUGGUUUUUUUUUCCUUACUUUCAAGUUUGUCACAUAAUUUGCCGAAGGCAUAAGGCUAAUGAAGUAGGCCAAUUCAUGAUGAAAUAUUUGAAUAAUAUUACAUUACACAUGUAUUAAGUUUAUUACAUUAUUAU